AUGCAUUGGUCAGAAUCUGGCCGCAAGAGGACCUCAACUGCAGCGGGAUUAUCAUCGAUUGAUUUGCGCUGUCGAGAGGAGGUGCCGGCUGCCGAGGAGCAUGCGGCUGAGCCCAUUCUGAUUUCAGACGAUGAAUCUGAAGGCCGUGCGAAUUCCGCUGCUUCGGAUCCCGCUCCCCAGCCGGGAGCCGAACCUUGCCUCCAAAUUCCUCCCAUCACGGCGCUCGCUCCAGGCCAGAGGUCUGUUCCCUCCGAGUCUCAACCAUGGCAGGCCCGUAUUGAAGAGUUCGAAGGCGCUGUAAGGCAGACAAUUUCCCUCGUCGAACUCGGUAUGGGUACAUGGGUAGCUUUGACAGUUUCAGGCAGUCCCUCUAUGAUCGCGUGGCCGAUUUACGGCGAUCAGGACGAGGAGGUUGAAGACGAAGAGGAUGAGCAGGAGCAGGGAGAGGGGGAGGAGGAAGAGGAGGAGGGUUUUAUUGCAAUGGAGAACUCAUCUCAACACUCUUCCAAAAAGUGCUAA